AGACGACAAUCACCACGCACACACAACCAACCUUGGGACACAACAGCUGAACGUGGGACGGUUUUCACAUAUAUAUAGGAGUCAAUAUCCGUAGGGCUUACAGUUCCACUUUACUUACACAAAGAAUGAACAUACUAGCUCUGGUCCUUGUGGUGUUACCACUAGCCACGUCUCAACUCAUAGGCGGCCCCGUGGCUGUCGACGUGAACAGGGACGACAUUCAGCAGAUGGCAAGCUUCGCCCUAACCCAGCUGAACACGCUCCUCGGGUCACAGAACACUCUGGUGUCUGUAGUGGAUGCUAAAACUCAAGUUGUCUCUGGCGUCAACUACUUACUGACCAUCGAGAUACAGAACGGACAGCAGACCCAGAUCUGCACUGUUACCAUCUGGUCACGUGCAUGGCUGAACGACAAGCGUGUUACCCAUCAUGCAUGUACUACACGCAGCAAGCGGGCCGUGCUUGUUGGUGCUCCAACCUCCGUCGAUGUCAACCGUACAGAUAUCCAGAGGAUGGCGACCUUUGCUGUGACUACACUGAACGGCCUACAGGGGGCCCAAAACAGUCUGGAUCAAGUCAUCUCUGCCAAGACCCAGGUGGUUGCUGGCACCAACUACAUUCUGAAGAUCCGCCUGAUUGAUGGAACCCAGACCCAGAUCUGUGACUUGACCAUCUGGGACCAGCCCUGGACCCACAUGACCAAGCUGACCCACCAUAGCUGCACCACCGCCACCAAGCGGAACGGGAUGCCCGGGGGUCUGACCAACGUGGACGUCAACAGCCUUGAAGUACUGAACAUAUCCAACUUUGCCCUCGGCAAGAUCAACGGACUGCAGGGUGCCCAGAACAGCAUGGAGCAAAUUAUCUCAGCCAAAACUCAAGUUGUUGCUGGAGUGAACUACGUCCUGGCCAUACGUAUUAAGGAAGGGGACAAGACCCAGAUCUGUAACGUGAAGGUCUGGUCUCAGCCCUGGCUCAACAAAUUGGAGAUGACACAGCACAGCUGUACCCAGGUGACAAAGCGUGCACUGGGUCUUCUCGGGGGCGUCACUGCUGUGGACGUCAACAGUGCAGAGAUUAAGGAAGUGGCCAACUUCGCUGUCACGGAGAUCAACGGACUUCAAGGAGAACAGAACUCUCUAGUCAAAGUCGUUAACGCCAGAAAACAAAUCGUCUCCGGUAUUAACUACAUCCUUACCCUGAGUCUUCAGAAUGGAGAUAAGACCCAGAUGUGUGAAGUGAGGAUAUGGUACCAAUCCUGGACCAACACAAAGAAGGUGACAGAGCACAAAUGCUCCGCUGUCAGCAAGAGAGGUCUUUUUGUGGGAGGUGUGGAGCCCGCCAAUCUCACGGCUCCAGUGCAGCAAGCUGUGUCGUUUGUAGAAGACGCUUUGAAUGGAAAGAUGAACAACAUGUUCCGGAUGGUGACUGAGAAAGUGGACCACGUCACACAACAGGUUGUGGCUGGCAUGAAGUACUCGUUUGACCUUCACCUUGUGACAUCCUCUUGCAUGAACAACGACGACAGCACCGGCAAAGGAAUCACCGACUGUCCCGCCAGCAACAGCAUGCCCCAGCGUAUGGCGUGCACGGUGUCGGUGUGGUACCAGGCGUGGAAUGAUCCUAAAUAUCAGCUGGUAUCCGACUCAUGUGGACAACUGGCCUAGAUGGGUUCAAACCUAUCCACGGACUGUGCUCUCUUCUUCAAGUGAUUUGCUGUUUUCUUGUCAAUAUAUAGUGUUGUUAUAUUUUAUAGUUGAUGUUUUUGUUUACAAAUAAACAUUUUGCACUAAAUACUAUUUGAUUGUACUAGCUGUGUUAACGUUAACUGGUAUUUAUUAUGUUAAGAAUAUGCAUUCAGGAUAUCCCUUGCAACAGAAGCAGGGUUAAUUACUUUAUAGUUGUUUUCAAACGGAGAUACGUCAGAUAGUACAUGUUAUACAGUUAUGCAUCUGAAAGAUCAUCACCAAAGGUUUCAUAAACGAUUCAAAUCUCCAUUAAUAUGAUAUCCAUGUAUUCUUCACAUGUCAUAUUCAUAGAAAAUUAAGAAGAGGGUAUAUUAUGUACAUUGUUAAAACAAAUCUGUAUUCAUUUUCCUAUAAUAAUAAUCUCAACGAAUAGUGAGUGAGUGAGUAUUGUUUUACGCCGCUUUUUGCAAUAUUCCAGCAAUAUCACGGCGGGGGACACCAGAAAUGGGCUUCACACAUUGUACCCAUGUCGGGAAUCGAACCCGGGUCUUCGGCGUGACGAGCGAUCGCUUUAACCACUAGGCUACCCGACCGCCCCUCUCAACGAAUAGAGACUUAGUGUUUAUUUAUCAUGUAAACAAAAACAGAAGCAAAUCAUUGGCAACACAUGACACAAGCUGAUAUUAUGUUUCAAUAGUGUAAUUUAUACAAUGACAAUAACUAUACUGUGUGUAUUUUAGGCAAUCGACCUUUUACUGAAUAAAAAUCUGCCAGUCUGUA